AACACUGAUUUAGUAAACGUAAAUAAAAAACAAUAAUUGAUAAGAAAAAUGGUUUGUGAAAAGUGCGAGGCCAAAUUGUCCAAAGUUUCGGCACCUAAUCCUUGGAGAACGAGCACAGCCCCAGCCGGAGGACGAAAAAUAAACGAAAACAAGGCUUUAUCCUCGGCCCGCGAGCGUUACAAUCCCAUUGGCACCGCUUUGGCGCCCUGCCGGAUAUGUCGGCAAAAAGUCCACCAAAUGGGCGCCCACUAUUGCCAAGCGUGCGCCUACAAAAAGGCCAUUUGCGCCAUGUGCGGCAAGAAGAUCAUGAACAUAAAGAACUACAAGCAGAGCUCAACGUGAUGCGGUCUAUUAAGGGAUUCACUUAAGCCUAACCUAGCCAUAGACAACAGUAUAAUUAUAUCGUAUAGUACAACAAAUGCCAAAAUAAGUUAA